AUGAAUAAAGGCCAGACCAUGCCAGAAUUAAUGCGAUUUUUUAAAGCUGAUAAUUUCGUCCAAGACCUAUUGCCAAUGCCAGGUGCUGGCGACAAAAACGCCAAAUGUAUUAGCGAUAUGAACAACUACAAUGUUAGUGUACUCCAAGGUAGGUGGUUAAUUCAUUAUCUAAUUAUAUUUUCGUGAGGAUGAGUCACAGUGUGUAUCGAUUUUCGUAGUGAUCCGUAGUAUCCCACUAUUGCAAUUCAAUAUUUUGUAAUAUACACGGCAACGCAGUUCGCAUUUUUCCGUUUUCCUCGCUAACUACAUGCAUUGGCAUUGUCAUUAGAACCAACCAUAUAAGCAUUAUAUUUGUGGAUUAGCUAAGAAAAGAUAUAUAAUGAAGAUAAUAGAAGACUAUUAAGCAUGCGACAGGGCAUUAUUCGAAGAUAUAUUUUCGAAAAAGUAGUAUGGCGAACGCGCCAAAUAAGGCACAUCGAAUAACAGCUUUUAGCUUUACAUGUUUUAAAACGUGAACCUAUAUCUAAAUCUUUCGCUUACACAAAUCGUCAAUAUAUAUAUUAACUAUAUUUAUGUUUUAAAAAUAAAUGUAAAUUAGUUCUCCGCUUCAGUUUAUCUAUACCGGCAAAGUCAUCCGGACUCUUGCAAAUCCAAACUAAAGUUUAUUGUUCUUGAGCAGACCCCCGGGCCUUCUACUAUAGAUUCAUGUCUCAGUUACAUACAUGUGAGAAGGUGCUUCCAGUGAUUCCGGCAAAACACCGCGAAUUCCCCCAGCAUACAUGCCAGUUUUCUCCCGCAAUUACAUUGGACAUUUGAAAAGGAAGUGAGGAGUAAGAAACUACGAAAAUGAUCUUAAGAGCAUUUAAACAUACAUAGGUAACUUUCCAAAGUUUCUAAAGGGAUUUGCAAAAGUUUCUUCAGAUUCGAAAGAGUAUAAUUAGGGAAAUUACUUGACAGUACAAAAUAACAGUAACUCCGAAUAACAUUUUGAUUUUUAAUCGACGUUUCGACUAGUUUGAAGUUAAUCCUGAGGAUGACUACAAACUAGUCGAAACGUCGAUUAAAAAUCAAAAUGUUAUUCGGAGUUACUGUUAUUUUGUAUUUUCUUAAAAUACUGAGUGGGUCCCGUAAUUACUUGACAGUGAAAUGGGAGUUCAAAAGAUGAACGCUAGAUAAUAGUAAGAGAUGCAUGCAUGGACCUUCCCUUCCCAAUACCCUUCCCUAUAGCAUAUGCCUCUGUAAUAUAAUGAUUUUACUAUUUCAAUUCCAAGGUGAAGUGAUAUAUCUGAGCGUGACCAUUACUGAACAGAAUUUGUUCAGUUCACAUCUUGAAAAUUCAUCAUCGCCUCAAUAUCAACAAUUAUCACAAGCUGUGGAACGGAAGGUAAAAUAACAUGCAUGUAAUAAAAAAUCAAACUUUACUUAAAGAUUUGCCCAUGCAAAGGCAGGUGCUAAAUACAAGUAGGACAUUGUAGUCCCCUAUACUACUUAUUAAACACCGUAUGUUUACUUUCUUGGCACGGAAAUUCAGAAAAAAAUAUUCACACUUUCCUAAACUCUUUACCUAUUACAGGAAUAUUAGGUAAAAAAGAAUCGUUUGAUGUUAGAUAAAAAAGUAGAGUAAAAUAUGAACAUUAUAUUUGUUCCUCAGAAAGGGAGAUCAUUUAUGGUGAUUUUUUGCGAUGAAAUUGGCAGUAAGAGUUGCAGUGUGAACUGGACUGUCUGUAUUUGAGAAGAAGUAACGAAAGUAAAAAUUAUUAAAUAAGUUCCUUGUAUAUAUAUAUAUAUAUAUAUAUAUAUAUAUAUAUAUAUAUAUAUAUAUAUAUAUAUAUAUAUAUAUAUAUAUAUAUAUAUAUAUAUAUAUAUAUAUGUAUAUAUAAAUGGUUUCGAUGUGUAAACCCGCAUCUUCAUCAGGAAAUCCAUUAUCCCGACAUGCACUCUUACCAUACAAGAUGUGUAUGAUUUAAACCUAUAUAUAAUCUUUUAAAUUAGUUGGCGUCGAUCUGUGCUGCUUUUGAGGAAUCAUUACAAUUAAUGUCGUAUUUUUCCCAAUAUAUGAAAAUGCGCAUAUGAAAAUUGCCAAUUAUAUAUUUUCUUCGUUUAGAAAUUACUCGAAUUUAAUUCUUAUAAAUUAUUCUAUGCUUUUUCUAAAUUUAACUUUUGUAUAAUACAACUUCUAUUUGUUUUACUUAGAUUGAUUCGUUUUUCAAGAAUGAGUGUUCAUUGUUCUCGUUCGCUUCUGCGAAAGUCCUGCAAUUCAGGUAUUGCCUACCACCUUAUAUUAUCACAAAAAAACAUAUAAAUUGUAUAGUUUAUAAUUACGAUAAAUAUUAUUUCAAUAUAAAAUUGUGUAAUUUACGUCAGUGAAGCUAUAUAGAGAGAGACCAAUGGCAAUACAUAAAAUUAGAACAUAUACUUUUUCCAUCCAGAUCAUGCCAUUCACCAGCUUUGCGUCAAAGAGCUUUGCGGAAAAAUAUUAGGUCUAAUAUUUCUAUGGGAAAGACCUACUGUAUAUAUUACAGUAUGACAAGUUAAGAGGAAUGCAUAAUUUAUUCGAUUGAAGGGAUGUUCUAUUUUUACAUCUCCAUUUUACAAUAACAAAAGUCCCAAGCUGUGAAAGGGCAUGCUGUUACUUGACAUGCAUUUUGUAUAUAUAGACCCUUUCGAGGCCCCGCUUUAGCCCCUUUAAUAUGACGAAUGCUUAUAAUUCAUGCGGUACGCGUGUGAAGAUGGGAUAUCUUCAGCCCUUUUAUUCACCACGCUGCAUAGUGCAAUCAUAAUAACUUUUCAACUGACGUUGAAGUUGUACUGUAUACAACGAAACAGCUAAUGUUCUGCUGAGUUCUUUCAAACUAAGAUUUUCACCUGGUGUAUCAAGACAAUAGCUAUACUAACGGUGCACGAGAUUGAAAAUAUUUCUUUAAAACAGGAAGGGAAGUAUUAUUGCCGACAUUAAACUACAUUUUGCCAAAAAAGAUGAACAUUCUAACCGCAAAAUGAAGAGGAUAAGGGAAAAGCGUGACGAUGCUGCAAAAGGUAUUGAGUUAAAAGCCAGUUAUUAUACGCGUUGUAUAUGUAUAGUCACUAUAAGUGUCUCUGACUCACAACUAAAUAUGGAAACACGCACGCUACAUGUAACACAGUUUUCUGCUAGCAGAAACUGAGUAGUUAUGUGUAGCUUCAGCCAGAGGUAUGUAAUUUUACAGCAAGCGCGGCAAUUUCUAAUAUUUUAAGAUGUUAUUGUAAUAUUUUAACGUUUUCACUGCUUUUUUGAGAACAAAGCGUUGUUUUGUGCUACAAAUCAUUUAUAAUAAAACAGUUAGUGAAUUCGGUGGUGAUAUCCCAGGAAAAUAAACGCCUGCUACGCAGACUUGAUCUCGAUAAGUGUUAUCAGUCUCGCCUUCGGCUCGACUGAUAACACUUACCUCGACCUUGAUAAUUCUGGAUAACUGUUCUUGAACUGGUUUGUAUCGUUCGAAAAUCAAAUCACGAAACCACAACCACUAUGUCGGUAUAUGUCCACAAAUGCAAAAUUGUGUAGAUAAUGCAACUACCUGAAAAAUAUAACAAGAACUUGGAGAGAAGGCCCUUCUACUAUAAAGUUCCAAACGAAUGGCCUUCGCUAAAGACGUCUAAAAUCUACACAAUUUCGCAUCAUGCAUCUACACAAUUUCGCAGCCACCUUUACUGGCGACGCUCAAAUAUAUGCACAACCUCGUACCCAGGGUCCACGUGUUUAAAGGUUCUGCGUGCGCCAGAAUCUAUAAACACGGGGACUCUAGGUACGACGUUGGUAUAUGCAAUGGAGUUAUGAACGGGGGAAUGAGAAUUGAGUUGUCGAAAACAAAAUAUAGAGGUCGAGGUUUUGUGGUUAUCAUUUUUCGCCAUCAGAGUAACGAAAUAUCACUUUAAAUUUUUUUGUCUUCAUUGGAGGAACGCUAAAAAUGAUAGAAUCACAAAUUGUAUUCAAUUAGCCUUUCUCACACCGCCAUUUUUGGGUGGCAUGUCAGCCGAAGUCUGCGAGAUAAGUCCACAUAACAGCGACUUUUUAUAAUUUUUUGGACAAAUGAUGGUAAAUUUGCUUUGUAUUUGGUUAGUUUAUUUUGAAAAAUUGCUUUUCACAUUGUUUUAAUUAUCUGCAUCGGUUAACGAGAAUUGGAUGCCACCCAAAAAUGGCGGAUAUUCGUCAUCGUGAGAAAGGCUAAUUUUGUUACACGUGUUUACUACUUAUAUUGGUUAAUUCUGCUUAUGUUUUAGCUGGACAAAGUUCACCACCAAGUUAUCACAGUACAAUUUCUAAUUCCCAGUCUCCAGUAAGCGAAUUAUCACCAAGCAGUGAUACACUCAACUUCACUUCUUCACCAUAUGCGUCAACUACUUCAGCCAAAAGUUUUGCCACAAGUCAAUUGGAUUCAACUGCUAACUUCACUGCAUCUGCACACUUCAUUUCUAGCGCGGUGGCAAGUAUGGUGCGAUCAACUAAAAUUUUAACACCAAGCCCAACUAAUGUCUGGCCAGAUUCCACAAGUCAAGUGAUUAAAACCUCUACUGCAAAUGAAAUGAGUAACCGCAAUACCAUCUCAUCAAUCUCACGUUCAAUAUAUGCAGUGAGUUACUCAGCCACCUACAGUGAUCCUUCAAGCACAGAUUUUUCUCUAAGCAUGGCAAAUACAGUUACAAAAUUGGUAUCAUCACCUACAAAUUCAACAUUAUAUGGACCUUCAAUUACCAGUCUCCCUUCAGUUCUUGCAGAAGCAGUUGGAAAUUCAGCAACAUCAAGUUCAGCAGAUGAGUCGAACAUUACUAGUUCCGCUCAUUCAUUUUCACCUGUUGCUAACACUUCAGCAACAUCGUUCCUGUCUAUUUCAGUCAUAAACAGCUCAAUAAUAUCUGGUCAAUCAUUCUCAAAAGUAAUAAGCAAUACUUUGAGCGUUGAUUUGGAACCUAGAACUUCUUCAGUAAACGUAUCUAAUACUUCGCCACUCAUGUUGCCUUCUACAAUAACCCAGAAUUCUUCUUCGCUAUCAACCACGAACCAAACACAAUCUACCAGUAUCCAUCCACUACCAACACAAAGUUUUGCCAAAAGUCAAUUGGAUUCUAGUGCUAACUCCACUACAUCUACACACUUCAUUUCUAGCGCGGUGGCAAGUAUGGUGCGAUCAACUAAAAUUUUAACACCAAGCCCAACUAAUGUCUGGCCAGAUUCCACAAGUCAAGUGAUUAAAACCUCUACUGCAAAUGAAAUGAGUAACCGCAAUACCAUCUCAUCAAUCUCACGUUCAAUAUAUGCAGUGAGUUACUCAGCCACCUACAGUGAUCCUUCAAGCACAGGUUUUUCUCUAAGCAUGGCAAAUACAGUUACAAAAUUGGUAUCAUCACCUACAAAUUCAACAUUAUAUGGACCUUCAAUUACCAGUCUCCCUUCAGUUCUUACAGAAGCAGUUGGAAAUUCAGCAACAUCAAGUUCAGCAGAUGAGUCGAACAUUACUAGUUCCGCUCAUUCAUUUUCACCUGUUGCUAACACUUCAGCAACAUCGUUCCUGUCUAUUUCAGUCAUAAACAGCUCAAUAAUAUCUGAUCAAUCAUUCUCAAAAGUAAUAAGCAAUACUUUGAGCGUUGAUUUGGAACCUAUAACUUCUUCAGUAAACGUAUCUAAUACUUCGCCACUCAUGUUGCCUUCUACAAUAACCCAGAAUUCUUCUUCGCUAUCAACCACGAACCAAACACAAUCUACCAGUAUCCAUCCACUACCAACACAUUCAUCUGUAUAUACCAUAUCUAUAAAUGCAAAUUCCCUUUCCACUUCACCCGUCUUGCCAUCUGAAGUAAGUACAUCGAUGAUUAAUUCAAGUUUGAUCAAAAUUGUUCCACGGAGUUCGACACAUAAUUACAGCUUACAUUUUAUAUCGAAUGUCAACGAGAGUACAAUUUAUGCGAAUACGACACAUUUAUUGACUCCCUCUUCGGAAUUUGUCUACAGUUCCAACGUUUCCAACGUAUCUAUUUUUGUUCCAAGAAAUUCACCUUCCAUACUCAUCUUAACUUCGUCGACAAUUUCAUAUAAUACUACAGCAUCCUCAAUCCAUAUUGCUUCAAGUCAUACCGUAAUAUCCAGUCAAUCGACUAAGAAUAUAUCCAGUCAAACAUCUCAAAUGGCAAGCUUCAAUUCCAGUACUCCAUCCCUAACAACUUUAACAGUAUCCUCAAUUGUAACAGGAGAAGUAAAUAAAAGCUCAUCAGCACCUUCCUUUAACCUAACUGUAUUCUCUUCAACACAUUCUGGCAGCAAAAAUUACAGCUUUACAACAACAAAAAUCCAAGCCUCCAAUCAAACAAUUCGAUCCAGCUUUCCUACAAAUGCCACCACUUCUGAUUCUAAAUUUUCUUUAAAUGCAAUGAAGACAAGUACAAUGGAGAUCAACAGAACAAACUUAACAUCAAUAAUUUCCACCACGUUGGUAACUGCACGAAAUAUUUCCACCAAAGCAAUCCAACCUACAUCGGUAUUGUCGAGUACUCCAGUUACAAGUACAGUCACACUCCCCAUUGCUUUAUCAAAGCAACGAAUCGUGUCAGGCAAUCUCACAUACACCAAUAGGGUAUACACAAGCCAACUUUCCAAUAGUUCCUCAAAAGAAUAUAUUGAAAUGGCGAAAGAAGUAAACUCCUCGGUAAGUGAUACUAAAACAACUAUUUUAAGCUUCCGUUUAAAAGGAGAAAUAAUAUUAACUAAACUUUAUUCUUUUUCCGACCACAUUUAGUUGGUACAGAUACUUCAAAAUACACCUGGAUUUGUAGAUGUUGAAAUCCGCGGAUUCAAGUGAGUGUAGUACACAAAUGAGGAUUUAGGUAUAAGUUAUAUGCGUCAGUCUUAAAUAGUACAGUUUUUCACGGGCGGUACUGUAAGGUUGUAACUCAAGUACCUACACUGAUUAAUACAUUAUCAAGGCAUUCAAGUAGACUUGUACCCAAGCGCUCGAACUACAGGAAGUAAGUUGAACCCAUAGAUCGUCUACUUCCGGAUAUUUAUGACUCAGUGAUUUAUGACUAAUCUCAAUUCUACAAUAUCAUGGCAAAUAUUCCGUGGACACUUAGGUGUAAACUAAAGUAUUACUGUUCACAUACACAUGUUGACGUCUUUGUCAACCCCACACACACACGCACGCACGCACGCACGCACGCACGCACGCACGCACACAAUGUUGGUUUUAACAGGCAUCAGUCACAAAGCUUUCACCUGACCGAUUUAUGUAAAAAAUGCUGUUUUUGCACUCAUGUAUUUGGCAAGGCAGGUAUUUGUAUUUUUGCGCGCGCUGUCCACAAUCAUUUUUGCCACGAUUGUAUGUUUUAAAUCAUUUCAUUGAUCGAUUCAUUCAUGUAAUGGAACAUAUCUUUUCAUAUAGAAACGGCAGUGUUGUAACAAUUUUCUACGUCAAACUGGAAAGUUCAUCAAAUAUAACUGCACAAGAAGUGGGAAAUGUUAUCACCACAGCCGCAAGUUCGGACAACUUAACGUUUUCCAACAUAAAUGUCGAAGGUAUAUCGUCUAUUUAGGUGAUCAAAAUUCUUGUUAACUUAGUUAAAAUUAUUCAUUAUCUUCUUUUUCUUACCCAGCUUUUGUCCUAGACUCAGUGUCAAAGGGUUGGCUGCCGGGUUCGUAUCCUACAAUACAUCCUUUUCUGUCGGCCUUGUCAAGUCCGCCAUCAGUUCCUUGA